AUGUCGAGCGACAAUGGAAGAGAAGACUCGGUUGUUGAAGCGGUGACAGCAUGGCACGUCUUUCCCCAACCUCAGAUCUAUCUCCAGGGUACGGAGGGCUCGCUUGGCGACCGGCUGCGACACCGUGGGACGGGCGACGAGAAGGCCUACCUCAUCAACGACGCCGAACAGCCCGCCGCUGAAGGCCACCAGGUCGUCGGCAAGCAGGGAGCUUUACAGGCGUCGGCGUCCAUCAUCAAGGCUGUGGUGGGAGCCGGCUCGUUCGCCCUCCCUUGGGCCUUCCUCCAGGCCGGCCUGUUCGGUGGAAUGAUUGGUAUUUUGGUGUUGGCGAUUCUCAGUUGCUAUACGAUCCGCAUGCUCAUCCAGUGCAAGCGUGAGCUCGUUGGCAAAUCGGAUCGAUAUGUCACGUACGUCGAUAUCGCCAGGGAGGUCUAUGGUCGGGUGGUGGCGUGGACGCUCUACGCGGCCAUCGUGAUCACCUCCAUCGGCGCCUGCUCCGCCUACCUCGUAUUCUGGUACUACUCGUCUCGGCCCUCCGCCUGCCACCCUCUUUUCACUGAACCCGUGCCUUGCCCUUUUAGCGGCAACAUGCUGGAGUCAGUGUCGCGAGGCAAGCUGGAGUCGAUGUACUGGGUGUUCAUCUUGGCCGGCCCGCUCAUCCUGUUCACUUGGAUCCGCUCCUUCCGCUACCUGGCCUUCACUUCCAUCAUCGGCGAUAUUGCGCUGGUGUUGGCCAUGAUCACGAUGUUCGUGGAGGGCUUCAAGGAGGAGAGCGUGGAAAACCCGUUCGGUGGCGAGUAUCCGCCGAUUCAGUACCUGUCCUACCCCAAGUUCUUCGGCGCCGCGGCGUUCCUGUUCUGCGUGCACAUGCUGAUGGUGCCCAUCGAACAGUCCAUGCACACGCCCAAGAACUUUGGCAAAGCGGUGUAUGGCUCGUUUUUGGUGGUCACUGUGCUGAACCUGGUCUUCGCCGCCAUCGGGUAUGAAGCUUUUGACUAUAAAUACAUGCUCUACAAGGGCGCAACCAAGGACAUCAUCAUCAACAACCUCCCGGACAACGUGUUCGUCGACGUCGCACGUGUCGCCCUGGUGUUCGAUCUGUUCUUCACGUUCAUCGUAGUCAUCGUGCCCGCUCGUGAUAUCAUCGAGACGUCGCUGCUGACGCCCAACCAAAGGUGGAACACCAUCAAGCGUUAUGCCAUUCGAACGGUCAUGGUGGGCAUCUGCGUGGGCAUUGGCGUGGGGGUGAAGCAGUUCUCCGACCUCAUCGGGCUGGUGUCGGGCCUCUCGCUGUCGUUCAUGGCCUUCGUCCUGCCGCCCAUGCUGCACAUGAGGCUCUUCUGGGCCAGGCUCGACUGGGUGUUGAUUGGGGUGGACAUCUUCCUGAUCCUGUUCGGCAUUGUCGCGGCCGUCACGACCACCACCGUCUCGGCCAUCUCCAUCGUCGGUGACUAUUCCUAG